AGAACAUCAUAACGUUGUGGUACCUAUUUUAUAGUCACUAAUAACUAACUGAUUAAUACAUGUUAACUGUUGAUAUUUUGAUUCUCUCUCCUUAUUUUUUACUCUCGUGCCUAGGUUAAGUUUCAAUAGUGAAUUUUAAAAGACGCUGUGAAAAUGAUUGCCACACAAAUUUUUACGGUUGUAUUAAUUUCUUUAGUCUAUCUUAUAACCUGUCCAGCUACUGCAACUGGCGAUGCAACGAAACCAAAUAUGAAACAAUUUGCUGUUGUAAAUAAUAAACCAGAAGAUCCAACCACAGUCGAAGAAGAAUUGAAUCAAUCAGAGUCAGUGAAAACAUCAGUUCCAACCAAAAUUCGUCAUGUGGUGACUAAAUCCAUUGGUUUAUUUUUUUGGCCCUUAAGAAAAUCGUGGAAUGUAAUGAAGAACGUAAUCAUUCCGUUACGUAAAAAUAUGUUCGAAAAACAAACGCCGACUAAGAUUGAGAAAGAUUAAUAACGACAUAGAUGACGUGAUUUAAAAUAAAAAUUAUUCCAGUUUCAGUUAUUUUACAGCUAUAUUAAAAUCGUUAUCAUUUAUUAAAAACAAA